GAGGUGCUCGGCCAGGGGAGUUUCGGUGUCGUCUAUAAGCAGAUCCACAAAACCACGGGGGAUUACCGUGCUGUAAAGGCGAUCGAUAAGAGGCUAGCAAGGCUCGAUUACUCUAGGGAGCCUCUUGUGAUGGCGGUAUUGGUGGAGGUUUGUGCUCUCGCCCCCGGGGGAAGUUUGCGCCAGUUUGACAUCCCCAAGGGGUCCUCUUCUUGUGGUCUAAUUGUCAACUAUUUUAGCAUCCGUCGUUAUUUGUCCAGUUUCUAGAAUGUUUUGAGGACUCCCAGACUCUGUAUAUUGCGAUGGAAUAUUUCGAGAAGGGUGAUCUCACCAAUUAUAUCGGUGAACCACUGCCACAAGGAGAUGUCAAAAUCAUUUCGAAGCAAAUACUCGAGGGUCUCAAAUUGAUGCAUCAACACGGGAUAGCUCAUCGAGAUAUAAAGCCUGCGGUAUGAUCCCUCCACCUCGCUUGACAAUGUCGCCACGCAAAAUACUAAUGGAUGCUUAGAACAUAUUUGUAGUUUCUAUGUACCCACCCCUGAUCAAACUCGGGGAUUUCGGAAUAUCGAAACGGAUUCAACCUCAAGAUACAACAACCUUUCACACCCGAGUGUCAACUCCUGUAUACGGUGCUCCCGAGGUUCUAGAUUUGGACUCCCAGAGCGAAACCUCUGCCUACACGAAUUCUGUCGACAUUUGGUCAUUCGGGUGUGUGAUAUAUGAGUUACUUGUCAGGGAGAGGUUAUUCGUCACAGGAAUCCAAGUGUACGAGUACUUCCACGGGAUACGUCCGUUUCCCGAAAAUAAACUAAAAGGGUUAUCACCCCCGACAGACGACGUCGGAAUUUUAUUCCUGAAGUCCACGCUCGAAAUACAACCCGGGGAUCGUCCUACCGCAGCGGGGGCACUGGGCCACGCGUGGCUG